UCAUUGACCGAAAUGGCCCAUAUCGUCAAGUUACCGACGUUCAAGCUGCAGGGCAAUGUUUCCCAAUCCCAUGCCAGAGCCAUUGCGGAGCACUGGACGCGAGACUUUGAAGAUGCACUCAAGAGCAACGCCAGAGAGAAACUCGAAAGAUUGUUUGUCAAGGAUGCCUGGAUCCGCGACUUGCUCGCUCUGAGCUGGGACUUUCGCACUCUUCAGAGUCGUGAUAGCGUGCUCGAUUAUCUUCAAGAGAAUCACCAUGUCGGCAUCAACACCCUUCGCCUUCGGGACCACGGAGCAUUCCAACCCACCUUUAAGAAGCCAUAUCCAGGCAUGCAAUGGGUCGAAAGCAUGUUUGACUUUGAGUCACGACACGGCGUUGGAAAGGGCAUGCUUCGACUGGUGUUGGACGGCGACAAGGGCGAUGAAUGGAAGUGCUAUCUGCUUCACUUUGUUCUCCAGGAGCUCAACGACUGCAGAGAAAAUACAGGCUUUACUCGCCCUGAAGGAUAUGUCGAUACGUCAGGCGGCAACUGGCAGCAGAGGCGUGAGAGGCAAAGGGAGUUUCUCGAUGAAGAUCCGGCUGUGCUCAUUAUUGGGGGAGGGCAGUCCGGUCUUUCAGUUGCGGCUCGACUGCAACAGAUUGGAGUUCCCGCACUGAUUAUCGAGAAGAAUGAGCGCGUUGGCGAUAGCUGGCGCAAGCGCUACAAGACGCUCAUGACGCAUGACCCGAUUCAGUACUGCCACCUCCCGUAUAUCCCCUUUCCCGCCCAUUGGCCUUUGUUCAUGCCAAAGGACAAGCUUGCCGAUUGGCUCGAAUCCUAUGCGAGUCUGAUGGAGCUCAAUGUUUGGUGUAGCACUGAGUUGCUAUCCUCCUCGUUUGACGACGCCGCCGGAGUCUGGACUGUAACAGUGAAGCGGGCGGAUGGUUCAGCACGUACCAUCAAACCGAGGCAUGUCAUCCUUGCCACAGGAAACGCAGGUGAUGCCAUCAUCCCUCACUUCGAUGGCAUUGAUAGCUUCAGGGGAGCCGUCUACCACGGGAGCCAACAUAAAGAUGCAUCGGAGCACGCCAACCUCUCGAGCAAACACGUUGUGGUCAUUGGCUCUGGAACAUCCUCUCAUGAUCUCUGCCAGAACUUUUACGAAUGCGGCGCCGCAUCUGUUACGAUGCUGCAGCGUGGCAGCAGCCAUGUUAUGACGGCUAAGAAGGGCCUGGCCAUGCUCCAUUCGGGGACAUACGAGGAGGGCGGGCCGCCAACCGAAGACUGUGACGUGUAUAGCCAGAGCAUGCCGAUCCCAGUUCAGUUCGCGACCAACGUGUUCAAGACGAACGAGAUCAAAGUAGUCGAUAGGGAUAUCCUAGAAGGACUAGAGAAGGUCGGAUUCCAGCUUGACUUUGCCGAAGACGGAAGUGGCAUCUACCGCAAGUACAUCACCAAAGGAGGCGGCUACUAUAUUGAUGUCGGAUGCAGUCAGCUCAUCAUCGACGGAAAGAUCAACUUGAAGGCGAACCCCGGAGGCAUCAAGUCCUUUACUCCGGAUGGGCUGCUUCUCGCAGAUGGCUCCGAACUCAAAGCAGACAUUGUCCUUCUCGCAACAGGCUACCAGACAAUGCACAGCACGGCACAGAGCAUUUUCGGAGACAAGGUAGCUUCGAGGCUGGGGAAAGUAUGGGAUCUGAAUGAGGAAGGCGAAAUAAACUCGAUCUGGCGAUAUAGCGGACAUCCCAACUUCUGGUUCAUGGGUGGCAGCCUGGCCCUGUGCCGGACUUACUCGCGCAUGCUGGCGCUGCAAAUCAAGGCGAGUGAAUUGGGUAUCUAUGAGGCACCCGGGAAGAAGGCUAUGAGCAACGGUGUACAUAACGGGGUGUGA